CCGUAAGAGGCGACAAAUGGGCGGGACUUCAGCCAUUUGCGGCCGCAAACGUUGUUGUUGGAAGAGAAGUCGAUUCAAGAAGCCAUUACGCUGCGCAAUUGUGUCGGGACAAAAACGUACUAUUUUUACGUAUUCUACGCAAUAUUUUUACCCCCCCCCCCAGCCCAAUUGAAUACGUUAUGGCAUCUCAGGCCAAAAAGAGAAAAACGAAUUUCUCCGAAAGGGAGGUGGAGAUCAUCGUGGAGGAGAUGGAGAAGCAAAAGCACAUUUUAGUGAAUCAUUUUAACGCGGGCGUCACGCACAUCGCCAAGAACAGCGCGUGGACGGAGAUCCUGAAGCGCGUGAAUGCCGUGAGCACCUGCCAGCGCGAGCUCGCGGAGGUCAAGAAGAAAUGGUCCGAUCUCAAGACGGAGGUGCGGCGCAAAGUGGCGCAGGCGCGGGCGGCCAUGGAGGGCACGGGUGACUGCAGCAGCGUGCCCGUCAUCCUGAGCUCCAUGCAGCAGCGCAUCUGCAAUCUGCUCGGAGAAGCGACCAUCAUCAGCCUCCCUGCGGCGGAGGCGGAGAUCGCGGUGCCCAUCAGCUCCGCAGCCAGCGUCGCGUUAACGCAAAGCAUUCAGUCAGCGGCCGCAGCAGCAUGUGAGAUAAAAACUCUUGAAGCCGAGACGACGUACCACACGCUGGAGGAAGGCAUGGUGGAGUACUGCACCACCGAGACGCCGGUGACCGUCACUGCAGAGGCUCCAGUGGAGAUGCUGGCGGCGCAGGCCGAGUGCAAACCGCAGGAACUGAAGAGCCGCAUCGCGCUCAACUCCGCCAAACUGCUGCAGGAGCACCGCGUCACCAACCUGCACGUGCGCGAGAUCGCCCAGCACCUGGAGAACCAGAACGACCUGCUGCAGAUGAUCCGCCGCUCACAGGAGGCCCAGGCCUGCGCUCAGGAGAGACAAGCCCAGGCUCUGGAGGGAACGCAGGCUGCCCUGCUCGCCCUCAUCCAGAUGUUCAGACCCGCUCUGAAGGACUUGAGGAAGUUUCUACAGAACGCCAACAGCGCAAACGCAGCAGCAGCUGCCACAGAGACUGGAGAAGGAGCGGAAAACGUCCCGCCGCAGACAGAAGACGCACAAUAGAGACAAAUAUGAGCACGCUUGGGUUUCUGAGUGUGUGUGUGUGUGUGACCGUCUGGUCUAGAAUAGACUAAAUUAUUGUACAGCACGGUGCCUCAAAGAGUUUGUGCUUAUAUGUGUGAAUGUGUCAGGGAGACUUUUAUGAGCGUUUUAAAGAAGUGGCCAAAUAUAAAUAGCUUUUGACAAUUUGAAGUUACUGUAAAGUCUUUUCAUUUACAUUUGCAUUUGGUUGCUUAAAAGUCAAGUUGCAACACGUUUAAUUUGAUUGUUUUGGUGUGCAAUUGACGCUAAAACAAACAUGCAAAACCUCAAAACCCAAAUCUGGGUCAGAGACCUACAGAAAACACAUUUUCUUCAGUGGUUCCAGUGACAGAAGACUUUGUGGAGGCUUUUGUUUCUUUAGCUUUUGAGAAUUUGCCAUUUUUAUUUAAGUAUGCUGAAUAAAGAAACUCUCCA